UAAAAUCGCGGUUCGCACGUUUGUCUGUUUACAUUUUACAUUUUACAUACGUCCGCGUGUGGGUUAUAUACGCGCGUGAGAAUUUAUAUUUGACAAAUCAAGUUCCAAGCACUAAAUCUCGCGCGUGUGUGCAUUAAAUGUGCGCAUAAAUAAACGUCGAGAAAUAAUGGAAGUGACUUGCUUGAACUUUCUGGACGUGCUAUCGGAGUUAGAGAGCGUUAUCGAGAACGCUACUUUUCUCAGCAUCGAUGGCGAAUUCACCGGUCUUAAUUCGGGCCCGGAUGCUGGUCCCUUCGACACGCCGGCUCAGUAUUACUCUAAACUUCGAGCAGGAUCGAUGGAUUUCCUGCUGGUACAGUUUGGGUUGUCUGUCUUCACAUAUGACUCGCAAACUGACAAAUAUUCUCAGCGUUCUUAUAAUUUUUAUGUGUUUCCCAAACCGAUGAAUCGUCAAGCACCAGAUUGCAGAUUUAUGUGUCAGACAUCCUCGAUAGCCUUUCUGGCGAAUCAAGACUUUGACUUCAACAAACUCUUUAAGUAUGGCAUACCGUAUCUCAGUGCGAAUGAGGAAGAGAAACUUAUGAAACGUCUGGAGGAGAAACAAAAAGUCAAAGAAGAGAACAAUCAAGACUUGAUUCCUAUAUCGGACACUGAUAAACCUCAGAUAGAGGAAAUAUGUUCUAGAAUAGAGGAUUUUCUUGCUUCGGAUGCAGAAGAAAUAACGAUAGACAAAUGUAAUGCUUUUAUGAGAAGACUCGUAUAUCAAGAAGCUAGAGUUAGGUGGCCCAACAAAGUGAGAGUUGAAGGCAAAGUUGAAAAUACUUGGCACUGUCUUUCUAUACAGAAAACAGGCACUAAAGAGGAAGAGGAGGAAAAAGAUAAUCAAAAACGCGAGAAGGAGAAGUUGGAAGUAAAACAGGCUGUAGGACUCAGUUAUCUUUUGAAGAAGAUUGUAGAAUCUGAAAAGACGAUAGUAGGUCACAACAUGUUACUAGAUCUGUGUCACAUUGUACAUCAAUUUUUUACACAAUUGCCGAAUGAUUAUCUAGAAUUCAAGACUUUGAUUCAUGGUUUAUUUCCACGUUUACUGGAUACAAAAGUUAUCUGCCAAUCGCAGCAAUUUAAAGAGCACGUAACAUCGUCGAAUUUGAGCGUAUUAUUAGACAUUGUGAACAAAUCUCCAUUCUCUAUUCCUGAUGUAGAACCCGUGGAAGGACGUAGUUAUUCAGUAUUAACGGAAAAGUCACAUGAAGCAGGAUACGAUGCGUACAUUACUGGAUUAUGCUUUAUUGCAUUAUCCAAUUAUCUUGGUACAUUGCAGAAAUCUGAAAAUGCCACGGUACUAGCAAAUUCUCCUUUGCUUAAUCCUUUUCUCAAUAAACUUCCAAUUGCAAGAUUGAAAGACUUUCCAUAUGUGAAUUUAGUAGGAAAAGAUCCAAAUCCUAGCAGAGAACACGUAUUUCACAUAACAUUCCCUAAGGAGUGGAAACACACGGAUAUAAGUCAACUUUUCAGUCCAUUUGGCGGUGGUUACGUUUCAUGGUUAUCGGAUACGUCCGCAUAUAUAGGUUUAUAUCGUCGCGAUCAGGCCAGCGCGGUGAUGCAGGGUUUAGCCAAGGAGAAAGUCUGCAAAGUACAAAAAUAUUCGACCCAUCAGGCCUCUUUGCAAACCGACGUGUCUCUCGAGGACCGGAAACGCAAGUUGUCAUCGCCUGAAAACGUGGCCGUGAAAGAUAAUGAAAAAUCGACCACUAACGGAGCGAAUACGCCCGAAGAUGAAGGAUGGAAGGUUGCCACUGGUAAAAGACGCAAGAAACGCAAGGAUCAAGCGGUGGCAGGCGGCACAACCGACAAAAAGGCUUUCACAGAGGAUAAUUCUUGGAAUUAGUUGCAGGAGCAUUUUCGAUAUACACAAAAAUUUUUAAAACCGACGAGAUGUGUAGAAUAAAAAAAAACAUUUUUUUUUUCACUCUAAAGAUCUUGGCGUUGAUAAACCCAAAACUACCCGUGUGUGUAUCAUGGAAUUAUUUAUAAAUAAAAAAAGAUACUAAUAAAUCAUUUAUUUCUCUGAUAACGUAUUGAGCACAUGUACACUUUUGUCUAUAUUGAUAUAUCUACUACACAUUUCUUGUUACAUUCAUAGUCGAAUGAGCAAAUUUGGUCUAUAAAACGUAUACCUAGUUCACAA